AUGUACGUGCUAGCCGCCCUGCUGUUGAUCGGCGCCGCCUUCACUUCGGCCCAAGAUAAUCGGUUACAACUGUGUCAGAAGGCCAAGGCUCUCGGCAUCACCUUCUACACACCCCAGGAAAUGGUCACGGUAUGAUUCAAAUCCGGUCAUUCCCGAAGAGAAAACCCCAUUGGCAGAUUGCCAAGUGCGUUGAGAAGCCGUACUUCAAUGGAGUCGCCGGAGACGCCUUGUUCACUGGUGAGUCUUGGAACUUUAAAAAUAAGGGCCUGUAAGAAAAUUUUGAAAAAAGAAUGUUGUAGAGUUUCUGAUUGCAAGGCUACAACUUUGUUCCUAAAAAUUUCUUCCCUUGGGGAAAGCAAAAAUAUUCCUUGUUUUACGUAAUCGAAUGCAAUAAGUAUCCAAAUAUUCCGAGUCAAAAAAAUGAUUUGAAAAAAAAGAUUUUCUACAUCAUUAAAAUGGGGCCAAAUUCUUAGAAUAGUGCUCUGAAAUCAGUAAAAUAUGACCAAUCUAAAAAAAAAGAUUUUGAAUUAAUGAAAAAAAUAUACGGCCGUUCAAAUAUAUCAAAAACAUCUUACAGCUAACUCCCACCUUUUAUUUUUGACGAUGCUCAUAUGUCCGUAAAGUGUAGUAUGUGGUGUGCAUGCACUGCGGCGCUCUUGCACAUACCGUAUCAAUUGAUUUUCGCAAAAUGCAAAAUUAUCUCUUAAUUUCCGAAAUUGAGUUAUAUUUUCCACUCUCUGACGGUUAUUUUGAAUUUCGCGGAACCACUUUGAACAUAUAGGGACCACUCUGAAGUUUCUGAAAAGAGAAAAGACAAAAAUUAAACCCUUCAGCAACACAAAAAAUGCGUUUUUUGAGUUCGUAGUAUCAAAUGAGUCAAAUAAAACUAUACAGCUUGAAAAAUUCUAACGCAAAAAGACCGGCAAAUGAGAGUAGAAUGAAAGUAAGUAAUUGUACGUUUCAGCAAUGUUUGAUAAGCUUUUAUUAAUAGUUCAUUAAUAGUUCUUGCUACUUCGGUCUUGGAUUGAUAAAGAAAAAAACACGUUUUCUAAAAAAACUAUAUUGUCAAAAAAACUGUAAAAAAACUACACGGCGUUUUUGACGACGCCUCGCUUAUAUAUUUUCCGUAAAGUGUAGUGUGUCGUGUGCAUGCACUGCGGCGUUCUCACACAUGCCGUGUUUUAAGUAAUUUUGGGGAAUUUCAAAAUCAUCUCUUGGUUUCCGAAAUUCAGUUAUAUUUUUCAUUUUCUGAUGGCUAUUUUGAAUUUUUGCGGAAUCACUUUGAAUACUGCAUAAGCUUUAAAAAAACAGAACAGAAAAAUUGCGUUUUUUGAAUGGAAAAUCGAUUCGUCUCAUGACCCAUUGAGCAUGCGCCUUUACUAUUCCCUGUUGUUUACGCUCGACGGAGUCUUUGACUCCGUUUUCUUUAUUUUUGGUUUCGCAUUCUCUUCCACCACCCAGUUUCGUGGACUAUAUCGCAGCGAGAGUGGCGCGACAUAGCAGCGACAUAUCUCGCUGCCAUCUCGCUCAGCUCUAGCAAACUCCCGGCGCGAUAUCGGCGCGAGGUCGCGGAUUAUCGAUUGGUCACUAUUUACGUGCCAUCAAAAAUUUUACUUGAAUUGUUUAAUUUUUCGUGUGUUAUAUUCUCUCUGAUUUUUUUAUGUCUAUUUUUCACUUAAUAUUUCUAAAAUGUUAAUUUUACAACUAAUGUAACGCUCAUACAGUACCGUCAGAAGAGGAAAAAAAUAUUUUUCGCUCACAACUUCCUCGUAUAGAGCUCAAUCUUUCUGAAACUUUUUUUCAGCUGUGUUUCUAAGUUUUUCACCACGGUGUUACAAUCAACAGUCAUCAUAUUUCCAGAGAGUUUCAAAAGGGUGAAAUCCCAUUAAAGAAAGUUGUGAUUUAAAAAAGCGUUUUUUUGUAUAUAUUUUGACGGCACUGCACACCUUUCUUGAAUUUGAAAGUCCUUUUUUUCGCAUCAUGUUUUAACCAAUAAUUUCAGGUUAUUAGUACUUCAAAAAAACAUCUAACAUUUUUCGAUCAAUAAAAGUCAAGAAAGAUCCGUGGGAGAUGGCACCGAAACUUUGCUUUUGGAUACAAUCAAUAAGAUUCUUGGUAAACUAUUUUUUUGAAACAGUAUAUCCAUUUUUUUGCUUGAAGAUAUGAUUUGCACUUUGGCGUCGAUGGGUAAGGAAAAAGAAGAAAUGAGGCAUGAUUUCGAGAAAGCACGAACUGCUGUCUUGAUACAGUCGCUCCUGUGAGUUAUUCUCUUAUUCAAGGUUGGACUUUUUUUCAGUAUUUCUCUUUUUACCGGUUUUAUCAUUUAGAAAAAGUUCUUGACGCAGCAAAUGAAGGAUAUGCCGAAAACUAUCAAGUCAAAGCUUACAGUAACAUUUUUAAAGGGAACUUAGGGUCAAUCUGAUUGUUUAGCUUAAUUUUCUUUUUCAAAAAAAUUCUUUCAUUUUUCAUUUCGAGCCUCCCUCCUUUAUUCUAAUUUGAACUUUUUAAAGAUCAUCUACGAGCUUACAAUCGGUUUACUUUUUCUGUUUUUUUAUUGAAACUACUCUUUUUCCUAGUCACAUUUUUCCUAUGAAAAAAAUAAACGAUACACAUGUUUUUUUCCUCAUAUUGUCCUUUUUUUAUUCUUACUUGAAGCUUCACUCUUUCGCCUCAAUUCAAUCUUCUUCAGAUUUGUACAUACUUUCAGUUUACUUCGAAUUCGAAAAUGUAUCAUCAAUUAUUUGGAAAUUUCUUUAAUGCUCUCAAGUUUUCAUUUAAAUAUAUUGUUUAUAUUAAAUAAAAAGUAAAGAAGGUUGAUAAAGACCGAUAUGUUAUCAUGUACAACCCAAUAAAAGUAUGAAGCAUAGAAAGCAAAUCAAGAGCCCAAUCGAGCUAAAAAAAUUUUUUUUGAAAGAGCGACAUAGCAGCGAGAUGUGAGCGACCUUGCGCCGAGAGGCGAGCGAUAUAGCUCGCGGCUCCCCGCGAUAUAGCGUUUCUCUCGCUGCGACCUCGUCCGUAAAACUGGGUGACUAACAAAAAAACACCAUUAGGUUUUUUUUAUACUGGAAAGAAUUUUACGAUAAGAUUUGAUCAAAAAGAUUCUUGAGAUUCGUAGUAUCAAAUGAGUCAAAUUAAACUAUACAGCUUGAAAAGGAGAGAAGAAUGAAAGUAUGCAAUUGUACGUUUCAGCGAUUUUUGAUAAGCUUUUAUUAAUAGUUCAUUGACAGUUCUUGCUGCUUCGCUCUUGAAUUGAUAAAUAAUAUCAAAAGAAAAUAGACGUUUUCUAAAAACUAUAUUGUCAAAAAAAACUGUAAAAACUACACGGCGUUUUUUGACAAUCCCACGUCCAUAUAUUUUCCGUAAAGUGUAGUGUAUCGUGUGCAUGCACUGCGGCGCUCUUGCACAUACCGCAUCAAAGUAAUUUUAGGGAAUUUCAAAAUCAUCUCUGGAUUUCCGAAAUUGAGUUAUAUUUUCCACUCUCUGACGGUUAUUUUGAAUUUCGCGGAACCACUUUGAAAACAGCAACACAAAAAAAAAUGCGUUUUUUGAAUCCGUAGUAUCAAAUGAGUCAAAUAAAACUAUACAGCUUGAAAAAUUCUAACGCAAAAAGACCGAAAAGGAGAGAAGAAUGAAAGUAAGUAAUUGUACGUUUCAGCAAUGUUUGAUAAGCUUUUAUUAAUAGUUCAUUAAUAGUUCUUGUUGCUGCGGUCUUUGAUUGAUAAAUAAUAUCGAAAGAAAAGACACUGUACUGUCAAAAAAAAAACUGUAAAAACUACACGGCGUUUUUGACGACGCCUCGCUUAUAUAUUUUCCGUAAAGUGUAGUGUGUCGUGUGCAUGCACUGCGGCGCUCUCGCACAUGCCGUGUUUUAAGUAAUUUUGGGGAAUUUCAAAAUCAUCUCUGGGUUUCCGAAAUUCAGUUAUAUUUUUCAUUUUCUGAUGGCUAUUUUGUAUUUUUGCGGAAUCACUUUGAACACUGCAUAAGCUUUAAAAAAACAGAACAGAAAAAUUGAGUUUUUUGAAUGGAAAAUCGAUUCGUCUCAUGACCCAUUGAACAUGCGCCUUUAAUAUUCCCUGUUGUUUAUGCUCGACGAAGUUUUCGACUCCGCCUUCUUGAUUUUUGGUUUCGCAUUUUCUUCCAUUAACAAAGACGCCGUGAGCUUUUUUUUACUGGAAGAAAUUUUACGAUAAGAUUAAAUCAAAAAGAUUCUUGAAAUUCGUAGUAUCAAAUGAGUCAAAUAAAACUAUAAAGCUUGAAAAAUUCUGACGUAAAGAGACCGGCGAAUAAGAGUAGAAUGAAAGUAAGUAAUUGUACGUUUCAGCAAUGUUUGAUAACCUUUUAUUAAUAGUUCAUUAAUAGUUCUUGCUACUUCGGUCUUGGAUUGAUGAAAAAAAAAACACGUUUUCUAAAAACUAUAUCGUCGAAAAAAACUGUAAAAACUACACGGCGUUUUUUGACAACCCCACGUACAUAUAUUUUCCGUAAAGUGUAGUGUGUCGUGUGCAUGCACUGCGGCGUUCUCGCACAUGUAAUUUUGAGGAAUUUCAAAAUUAUCUCUGGAUUUCCGGAUUUCCGUUAUUUUUUCCACUCUCUGAAGGUUAUUUCGGAUUUCGCGGAAUCACUUUGAACAUCUAAGGACCACUCUGAAGUUUCUAAAAAGAGAAAAGACAAAAAUUCAACCCUUCAGAGGCCAAGAACUGCGUGAUCGACAACUCAGGCAGCAAGGCGGUCCAGGCCCUCUCCCUCUACAACAAUGGUACCUGAGUUACCUGGGAAUUGCCUAAUCAAGCUUUUAAGCCAACUCUUGCCUGAGCCCGCAGAAGAUCGAGGACCUGCCGCCAAUCCUUUUCCCACCAUUCAAGCAGCUCACCCUGGCUCUUCAGAAUAAGGUAACCAGAUGAGACUUAGGUACUUGAAAAAGGGGGAAAAAAUAGUUUUGAGGUCCAAAAUCUUGUAGAAAAAAAAAAUUUACAAAAAGUGAAUCCACCGAUUAAAAAACUCGGAAUUUUGAUUCUGAAAAAUGAUUUUUUAGUCAAGAUUAGAAGUUUUAUAAUAGUGCUUCUUUAACUACGCCAGAGGCAAAUUCAUGAAAAUGUGAAAAAAAAACCUAAAUUAUGUGCGCCCUACGGACAAAAAUCGUUCUAACUUGAUAUUUUUUGGAAAAUGCGUCUUUUCCACACAUAUUUAGGGUCAAAGGGGGCUGCUUCUGUUUCUAAAAUCCAAAAAAUACAGAGAAAACAACUUUGGGCAAAAAAGUCUGCGAUAUAUGCGCUCUAUAGAAAAAAAAAAAUUGAAAAUCGAGAUUCUGCUCUUAUACCAAGAGGAGAAGCUGCCGGUGUCAUUUUCGCUUUUCGGAUUAUCUAAGGGAUCCCUAAAGUAGUCUUAACAUCCCUUUAGGGUUCCCUGAAGGCUCGUACCUCGGUAACGCGAGCCGGACGCUUCUGAGCAUUUCUAGUGAUCCCUUCAGUGGCUUCAGAACUUGAAAUGUCCGAGUUUGGGUUACCAAAGCCCGAGGGAGCGCAAAUCGUUCACUAAAUCCUAUAGUUAGGGACCACAGACCUAUUUUUCGAACUCAAGCUAGCUUCUCGUUUUUGUUAUAAAAAUAAUGAUUUUAACAUUUAGUAUGCGAAAACAGAAAAGAAAGACGAAAAAUAUUAAGAAUAAGAGGAGAAAACAAUAUUUAAAAGUAAUCGAAAAGCAUAAAUUUUUGCACUGAAAAUUUGGUUUUGCGAAUUCUCAUGCAAUCUGCGCGCACUCUUGUUUGCAAGGGCGGCACGGUUUCAGGAGCCAAAAGAGAGGGUUUUACGAGCUGCUAUAGGGGCCCCUAGAGCUUGCAAUGAAAUAGCGUCUUUGAAGAGAAAACUCUGUAAAUUAGGAAAUUCCCGACUUUUCGACUAUUUUCAGAAAGAUUUGAUCCAGAAAAAGACAAAAAUGCUUUAUAAAAAUUCUACAGAUGUUUCUGGGUUCAGAUUGCUGAUACGGUGGCCGACUGCAAGAGGACGAACACCCAGGCGGCCGCCCAGAAGCAGGAAACCUGCAUGCAGAAGGUCUACGGCGUCGCCAAGGCCGCCAUCACCAAGGACUACAUCGAAAACGUCUGCACCAAGUUUGUCAACAAGGUUCGGCCAUUAUCACAGUGCUCAAAAACUCGAAAAUUCAUUUUUCAGAGUGUCACGAAGAAACAAUGGGGCUGCGCUCUCAGGUACGGACCUCAGGUGAUGAACAUGGCCCUCUACAAAUGCUCCAAGAUCGUCAAGGCUUAA